AUGCUGCUCAACGAAUUAGACGUGCCUCUUGACGACGUUGUCGUAGUCGAUCGACUGCACAUCGCCGAUUACAACGAGGCUAACAUUCUCCCACAAGACAAGACUACUCUGGAGCGGCUCCUCAAUUGGCUCAGUCCUACCAAGUAUGCAGGUGAUGGAAGCGAACUGAACAAACACGUUGCUUCGCAUCUCAAGGGUACCAGUCAGUGGCUUCUCGACUCGCCCAUCUUCGAACAGUGGCACCGUGGCAACAGUCAUGGAAUUCUGUGGAUCAGAGGAGUGCCUGGCACGGGCAAAUCUGUCCUUGCAGCAAGACUCAUCGCCCAUCUAUCUUCAGAGGAGUGCCCUGUGCUGUACUUCUUCUCCCGUUAUACCAUCCAGUCAAACCAUCGUCCCGAGGCAGCCCUUCGUGAUUGGAUUGCUCAGAUCUUGCCCUUUAGCCCGCCACUGCAGCUUGCGUUGAAGAAUCUGACAUCUGGCGACAUCAACAUAGGGUCGGUGGACGAACUGUCAAUGGCUGAGCUGUGGCAUCUUCUUCGGCUUGCUUUGAAAAGUAUCCCCAAGGCCUACUGUGUGGUAGAUGCUCUCGAUGAAAUGGAUCACGAGUUCAUGGAGCAAUUCCUCCGUCCUAUCGCGACAAUUGAGAAGAUUGUUCGGAAUCUGAGGUUGUUGGACAUUCGGCUUGGUAAAGACAAAGUAGAGCCGGACAUCCUCAAGUACCUCCAUCAUAGAUUGGACGAAAUGGCUCUGGCCUCGGAAAUUCGCGACACCAUCAUACGCGAGUUGCUCAAUAGGGCUGACGGUCUGUUUCUCUACGCCAAGUUCGCUAUGGACGCUAUUUCUGGACUGAAAAGCGUGACAGAGGAGACUGUGGCAAAGGCUGUUGAGGAUACGCCUGUCGAUCUAUCUGUGAUGUACAGAAAUCUCCUACGAGAGCAUAUGACACGCACAGAUCUGCCUGAGGGAUUGUGUAUUUUGGUUCUGCAGCUAGUCACCCACGCCAUUAGGCCUCUACGUCUUCUCGAGAUUGCCGAUUGUAUCAAAGUGACCAGACCAGAAAUGGGUCAAGACACUGGGAUCUUGAAAAACCUCAUACGCACGUCUUGUGGACCCCUGUUGGAAAUUCUUCCAGACGAGACUGUUCGAGUCGUUCAUCAUUCCUUGACGGAGUACCUCUUUGGAAUGAUUCGACCAUCUUCCGACAGAGACAUCCCACUGUUUGAACCGGGUCCUAUGCACAACCUCGUCGCACUUAUAUGUCUGUCAUAUCUUCGAUCAGGUUGUCUAGACGGAUUAAAACUUCGUAAAGAAUGGGAUGGCGACGUCGACCUAGACAUGAGAGAUUACCAACUACCACCGUUCUUGAAGUAUGCCGCAAACAAUUGGCACAUGCAUAGCAUGAAAUCCUCUUCCCACGGUUUCCUGCAGGAUGAAGCAAACAGCCGUUUUCUUUCACUGCUGGUGGAAUUAAAGCACACGAAAAGGCUCGUUGUGUUGAACGAACAUGUUAGCGACGGUGCUGGAAGGGAUCUGAAAUGGUUAUCACAAUGCGACGACAUGGCGCCAGAAGUGGAAGCACUUCUUUUUGCCAUUCAUCUUGAAUUAACCAGCUUUGUCGAGUAUUUCCUUUGUCGCAACGACAGUGAUGCAGCAAAGUACCCCGGAGCUCCAAGAAUUGAUCCUCCAUUGCACAUAGCCAUAAGGAAUGGGAACCUGAACAUUGUUCGCCUGCUCAUCACCAAGGGAGCCGAUGUUAAUCACUACGACAGACAAGGCGAAACACCACUACAUUUGGCACUUGGGGGUACUCGCUCAAAGAUGCGCUCACGUCCUGCCAUUGUUGAACACCUCCUAGCAGGCGGUGCUGAUCCUUGGAAGGAUCGUGGGAUGGAUAUGGGACCAUCCGAUAACCCCCCACCACCUUUCAUGUUCGUAUCUUACUGUCGAGGUCCAUUCCCUCCAUGCCCUCCGAUCAAACAAGCUAUCUCUGAGGGCGAUGCGCCAAUGGUUAUGCAGUUCCUUCCAUACGUCACGACCAAGGAUUUAGCACAUAGAGCUUUGGAUUGGGCCAUGGAAAACUAUCACAAAGAGAAGAUGAUGCGUAUGAUCCUCGAUUGUGGGCUUGUGGACAUCAAUAACGGUACUCAUGGCAAUACACCGUUGUUGAGAGCUUGCGCACGUAGGGACCCAAAGGCCAUAUCAAUACUCCUUAAAGCUGGUGCAGAUCCGAACGUCCUGAGCAGCAGGGGACGUAACCUGUUGCACACCUUGACUUCAAAGUCGUUAGAUGAUGGCAGAUCAAAUGAACGUACGGACAAAGUUACUAUUAAAGAGUGUUUCGAACUAGUUCUCGCUGCUGGUGUUGAUGUGAAUCAAGUUGAUCAAGACAAAUCAACACCGCUACACCUGGUUAGGAAUCCCCUCAUAGUCAAACUUCUUCUUGGUGCUGGAGCAGAUCCCCUCGCUAUCGACAAGAAAGGAUUAACUCCGCUUCACGUCGCAAAAGACAUCAAUGUGAUAAAGAGGCUCCUGACCAAAACAGAUAUCAACAGUCGGAACCGCGAAGGGAAAACCGUUCUACUUGGCCUUUGUUAUGGCGACGCCUCUACUGACACGAAAUACGUCAGGCCGGCACCUGGAAUGGCCAUCAAACUUCUCAACUUAGGUGCUGAUCCCAGCAUCACAGACAAUAAUGGCGAUGGCAUCUUACACUAUAUGGCCAGCAAAGGGGAGAUAGACACCCCUGAUGGAAAACUUCUACUGGAGCGUCUACUUCAGAGUGGUGUGGAUGUGCAUCUCCGCAACAAUAAAGGACAAACAGCGAUACACAAGUUGGGACUUAAGGAUUGGCUCCGCAGGACUCGAAUAACCGACUUGGAGUUUCUGAUUGAGAUGACAGACAUCGAUAUAAACGCAGUAGACGAUGAUGGGCGUACUUUCUUCUUUCAUGUCAUUGACAGUGGGGAUCUCUCGAGUUGUAAGCCAGAAGAUGUGGAUAGAUUCAUGGCUGCGAUGCUCAAGGCUGGGGCACGUUUCGAUGUUACUGACAAUCGGGGACGAACACUUCUGCAUGCUGUAGUACCACAUGGCGGCGAAGGGAAGAUUCUGAAACUCUUAGCUGAAAACGGUGUUGAUCCGGAAAAAACUGACAAAGAAGGUAAUACAAUUUGGCACGCAGCAGCUCCUCACUUUGUUUCGUCGACGGGGUCAAACCUGCUUGACAAUCUCAAAGACAUCAGUGUAGAUGUAGGGAGGCCAAACAACAAGGGAAGGCUUCCUUUACAUGUCCUGUGUGAAGAAUUUCUUAACGCCAAAGGGUAUUCCGGGUUCAAAGACGCGGCGGUCGUAUUUCACUACAUGGUACAACAAAGACACGGGGACAUCAAUAGGGCGGAUGAAGACGGAGUUUUACCGCUUCAUCUUGCCUCAACUUCUUCCACGCAUCUCACAAGAAUGAUCCUCGACGCUGGAGCUGAUGCUACCCUGGCCACACAUGAGGAUCUGAACGCCUUUCAUCUUACCGCUCGAUGGCGACAGACCGUCAACGCAAAAGAUAAACGUGGCCGGAGUCCUCUGUACUACGCUUGUGCCUCGGGUCACUACCAAUCAGUGGAGCUUCUCAUCCAAGCCGGCGUGGUGAUUGACUUGGAGACAUAUGAAGGGUCGGCUCUACAAGGCUGCGUUGAGUUUGAACGGGAGUUUCAAACCUGGGCCGACACAAAACCUUUUGCAUUUGAUGCUGUACGCAUCAGUGAUAGGAUCCCACUCAAUAAGGAUGGUCAAAAGCAAACUCGCCAAAACGAUCGUAUCGACGAGAUCCUCGACUAUCUAAUCAACAACACAACAUCAGCGAACUGGCGAGAGAUUGACCGAGCCGUUGUUGAAGCAGCGAAUCGACAGCAUGAUUAUACGGUUGAGUCUCUCUUACGAGUCAGGACGUCAUUGGGAUUGGAAGAAACAUUGUCGCGUACAGUUGAAGUGCAAUCGUGCUUGGAACGGCGAGCAUCAAUCCUAGCAAGUGUCGCUAGCGUUGAAAGCGUCGAAAGCGUCGCACCAUGUCGCAAGGCAGGGGGCAAGUUUUAUGAACAAAUACGAUUUAUGGUCGACCAAAGGCUUCAUCACGCCAUCCCUUCAUACAUCAAUGAGUACUCACCCGAGCCUCAGAUCGAAGAUCUUUAUAAAGUGUUACUCGAGCUUGUCCGCUCUGGUUACGCAGGACUUCUCGAUAUCUUGUUGACACCAGAUCUCGUUUCAAACCUUAACAAGCCUGGUCUUUCAAGUGAUGAUGCAGCACUGAAAUCAACAUGCCAUGAUAUGAUUUCACUGUUGAAAGCUGCUUGUUUGUCGGAACAGCCGAAUUUGCCGGUCAUCCAGGUUCUGGUCAAGAAGGGGGUGAAAUUGGACGAAUAUUCGUCAACAGACAAAACGACUCCUCUUCAUACCAUCGUCGAAACUAUGAAUAACAACUGGUGGCGUACUGCGCAGGCUAUUCCCUUCAUACUUGGGCAAUCUAUCAACCUGGAAGUUCGAAACUGGGCAGGACUUACACCUUUGAACGCGACGUUGAAGGAGAAAGACGAGCCCCUGUGGAGACCCGAAGCCACUGAAAUGCUUCUACGGGCAGGUGCAGACCCUUCAAGUGUUGACGACGAAGGGAAGUCCUGCCUUGCGCGUGCUGCAGGUCACGAGUCCCUCUUCAAACUGCUUCUUCGCCACGGAGCAGAAAUCAACCCGGCCACGGUAGCUGCGGCUGUACUUGCCAAGGAUGUGAAAAUGUUGAAGAUGAUGUUGGCCUCUGGCGCGGAUCCAAAUGCUCGAAAGGUGGACCAGGAGACACAAUGCAGGCGCAGCUACAGAUUUGGUGUGGACGCCGAGGAUGAAAGCGGAUUUUACCCUCUAGAUCUUUUGCUAGCGAGUAUGGGGUACGAUGAUCAUGAUCCUAUUUGUGAGGACAUGAUAAAGGUCCUUUUUGAGCACGGCGCAGAUCCAAACAGUCGCUAUCAGGAGACAACUAUAGCUCACAGAAAUCUUCGAGGACUAGGUUCGAAACCCGGUCGAUUCGACAGAAAGCUAGAACAUACAAUCACCAGCAGAAGGAACCAUUAUAUCGAUGCUAUUCUUCAGCACCCCCUACUGGACGUCAAUCUUAAGGACGCAUCUGGUGUUACGAUACUUCAAGCUGCUUACCAAAUGAGCGAUCUGAAAUCAGCACGGAUUCUUCUGGAAAGAGGCUCCAACGUAUACGAGCAGGACGAGAAUGGCAGGAAUGUUUUACAUCUAUCCCCGAACAGUCAUGAUCAGACCGACAAGCUCUCAGAUCUACACGAUUUCCAUAAACGUUUGCUCACUCUCGGCCCCAACCUUUUACACCAAGUUGAUACAGACGGUAAAACUCCACUUCACUACGCGAUGCUACGACGGGAUUCCUCGGGGUUACCACCGGGUUUCUGGAGAAAUACACGGGAUCCCGAGGAAACAAUCGAGUUAUUCAUAUCUCAAGGGGCAGAUGUUUGCGCUAGAGAUGCCGACGGAAACACUCCUCUUCAUUUUCUCUUGAAACAUGAUUGGACUGUGACCGUUGAUGAUGACAACAACACAGUUUGGGAUGAAUCCAAUAAGCGACUUGUAAACCUGUGUCUGUCAAGGGGCGCAGACAUCAACGCCCGUAAUAAAGCGGGCGAGACUCCGCUGUUUUCUUACUUUGCUCAGGGUGGACUGCAAGUUGUCUCUGCACAUAGCAAUGACUUGUCCGAGACAAUGAAAAACCUGCGUGUUCGGAGGGGACUCAGUAACAGUAAGAAAAUUAGUGAGGCUUUACAACAAGAGAUCACAACGGAACAAGAGCCGGUUCUGUGGGCGCUACUGGACGAAUUUGGUGCAGAUUGGACGGUUGUCGAUCAUGAUAGGCAGUCCCUGUUACAUGUUGUCGCAUCGAAGGGGAUGCGGAUGAUGUCAACAAGGAAGCAGAGGUUCCAGUUCUUGAUGAGAAAGGGACUGGACACUUCAGCGGAGAAUAGUCGGCAUCAAACGGCCUUGGAUGUUGCAGCGGCAAAUAAAGCAGAAGAUAUUCUAGCUUUGUUUAACGUUGAGUGA